UUUAUUUUUUUAUAUAUAUUUUAUUUAUAUAUAAAAUAAUGUUUUUUAAUAUGUUAAUUAAUACUUGGUCUUACCAAAGUUAAGAUUUUAUGUGAAAAUUUAUGUUCAAUUUUACUUAUUAAUUUAUUUAUAUUAAAUCAAUUUACUUAUACUAAAUCGGUAACAUAGAUAAUCAUACUAAAACGGGAAAAAUAUCACGUCUAUUCUUUAGUACUCUACAAAUAGAUCCGUUUUUUCGUCUAUGGAAUCUACAUUAAAUCCUUAACCUAUGUACAUAAACGCAUGAGCACACCCAUUAAAUCUCUUUUUUAAUUAAACGGUAGCAAAUCGAGUUAUCGAUUGAGCGAAUGGUAACAUAGAGCUCGUCGUUACUACAAGAUACGAUGCGUCGCUAAAGAAUUCACUUAAAGUCAGAGUAGGCAGCACCGUCUGGAGGGGGGGAACUGGUAAAUUCGGGAACUAGGUAGCCACUGGGAAGAGAUCGUAGGGGAUACGAGGAGGCAGUGGUCGUCAGUCGGAAGAGAGAGGCGCGCGUGGGGCGAGGUUGUUGCGGGUGAACUCGUGGGGAGAAGGAGAGCCGAGGGUGAGGGUGAGGGCGAGGGCGAGGGUGAGGGUGAGGGUGAGGGUGAGGGUGAGGGUGAGGGUGAGGGCGAGGGCGAGGGUGUCUGUACGUACACCGAGAGAGAAUCGAUCUAAAACUAGGAGUCGCCGCAGUAACCGCUGGGAGGAAGCCACUGUUACAAUUUGCCCCCAUAUGCGCUAGUGAAAUCUUAGAUCGGGUAAUUGUACGGAGAGAGAGCAGCUAGAAUGAGGUGUUCCCGCGAGGUGGUCGCUCGCGUUCGGCCCGCGCGUUGAUUCGAGCUCGCGCGAUACGCCGAUAUCCGUGCUGAUACAGUGCGGAAAUCCACCGAACGAACCGAACUCAGUGCCGAGGUUGACCGAAAAGAGAGUAACGGAGAGGAAGCGACGGAUAUCUAUAUAGGGAGAGGGAGAAAGAGCGAGAAAGAGGGAGAAUCGCGAGGAGCGCGCCACAGAGAUAGACGGAACUACUACAAGAGAAAGAGAGAAAGAGGAACAGGCCAAGAUAGAAAGAGAGGGAGAGAUACGCGUACACGUAGAAAGAGAAAGAGAGGAAAAGAAAGAUAGAGGGAGAGAGAGAUCGAGAGCGCGAGAAGGACAAGAAGAAAGAGAGAAAGGGAAAGAGAAACGGUGUCGCAUCGCAAGGUGUUUCGGUAUACGGUGCACGAGACGGAGAAACGGUCGCGAGAAGAUCACGAGAGAGGGUUGGGUGAAAAUUGGAGAAAAUCGAGCAAGAAGAAAAGAAGCAAAGAGAGGAGAAAGACGGGAAAGAGAAUACGAGAGAAAUUCGAGAGAAAAACGGGACGAGGAAGAGAAAGAGAGGGAGAGAGAAAGAGAGAGAGAGAAGAAACGGAGAGGGAGAGAGAAAGAGAGAGAGAGCGCAAGCAAGGGUGGGCGGACAGUAGUGCACGAGAGCAUCCCGUCGCCACGAUAAUGCGACGUGCAGCUUCUUUACUCGUUCCUUCUGAAUAAGUGCUUGCUGGGACGGUCCCUUACCUGCAGGGAUAUGACGUAAUGGCAAGAGAGUUAAUUUCUGUGCAGGAGUUACGGACCAAGAGACCUUUUAAGAUAUGGGACAGUUGGCGUAACGUAAGAAAGGGACUGUGUGUUAGCAAUUUCGAGGAACUGAUACACCAGGGUAAGGAGAAACUGGGCGUGCCACAGAGCGAGAAUGUAUCCGUAGUGUUGGAGUCGGACGGUACACAAGUGGAGGACGGGGAAUACUUCAAGACCCUAGCGAAUAACACGAUCCUAUUGUUGCUAAGGCAUGGUGAACGUUGGUGUCCAACUGGAGUCGACAUCAUACGCGCUGCGAUUUCGGCCAUACCUAAAAUAGUCUGCGAAACGAUCCACGCCCUGGAGCUGCAUGAUGAGACACCCUCGUGGAAAAUCAUGGACAAUAAAGGACGAGUCACGGUGGUGCUACAUUGGGAUCAGCGUUCAUCCACGUCUCAGGCCCAGCAACAGCAGAAAGGUCAAGACGUGCAAACCUCUAAGUAUUCGCCGACUAAGAAAACCGAUCUGAGUCAGCGGCCACCACUGGUCAUCCAGACAAGUCUGGACAAGCUCAACUACGGGGGGAAGCUGGGACAUCUGGCGGCCGAGGUCGGCCCCAGCCGUUACACCAGCCCCCACAUCACUGUGAUAAAUCAUGACGAUAUGCAGCAGCAGCCGCAGCUGCAGCCCCAGCCCCAGCCCCAGCCCCACGGGAUCCCGGGCCGCCUGGUGAAGCAGGGAACCAACUCGUUCGACAGCACCACCAUUCAUAUCCACACGCCCGAAUGUUCAAACCACAUCCACCAACCUGUGACGAGGAACGGGAGCCCCGUGAACGGAGCGGACGGUGGCGCGGUCGGGGAAUGCGACUUCCAUUGCUGCGCCCUCCACGAGGAGGGGCGUAGGAUCGCGGUUCACAAGUCGGUGGCCACGUCGCCUAUCCAGGACGCCCAACACCAGCAGUAUCAACAGCAACAGCAGCAGCAGCCUCCUCAUCAUCAUCCUCCCCAGCAGCAGCAGACGCAGACCCAGACGCCAUCCCCCCAACCGCCCUCCUCCCUGUCGGACGGGACGAGGCGAACGGGGCUGAGCAAAGGGCACGUGAGAUUCUGCGACACGGCCGACGAGGAGUCGAGCUCCCGGCUUGCGGGGAACUCGGCGACGGCGAGCUUUCAUCUCCAUCAUCAUCACAAUCAUCAUCAGGAGCACGACAGCUCCGAGUCCGAGACCGAGAACACGAUCAUGGAGGACGAGAUCGUCACCUCGGAGAAAUUUUUACUGCUCAUCGACCAGCUCACCGUAGACCAGAAGCACUUAAGCAUCAAGGACAUAGGGAUCAUCUUGGAGCGGCUCAGCUCGAAGAUACUGGACGUGGAGCGGCUUGACAGGGAGAGCGAGAGCGAGGAGUGUUACAACUGGACGAUCAAGGCUAUCAUUAGGGGAGACGUGUUGAGGGAGCUGGGGGUUAUUUACAACGGGAAUUACUACGCGAUCUCGGAACAUCCCGGAUACAAGGAAGAGUCCGAGGAGAAUAAUGAGGAUAACGAGGAGGAGGAGGAGGAUAGACUUUAAUAUGAUGCUGUUUUACUAGAUAGAUAGAUAGAUAGUUAGAUAGAUAGAUAGAUAGGUAGAUAGUUAGAUAGAUAGAUAGAUAGAUAGUUAGUUAGUUAGUUAGAUAGAUAGAUAGAUAGAUAGAUUAUACACUUAUUAAUGGUUAUUAUUAAUAAUAAGUAUAUAUCGAGCUGCGGGGAGGGGGCUUAAAAAGAUAAAGAUUCGAAGAGAGAUUUGAAGAAGGAUUUUUGGAUUGAGAAAAAGAGCGAAGGAGAGAAAAUAUUUAAGAGUCGAAUUUGUUAUAAUUGUGUCUGGAUUUCCGAAUGGAGGGGAGGUCGAAGGAGGAUAAACGAACGGCGAAACGGUGAUUUUUUUUCAAAAUGUUUUCAUAAUAAAACAAAGGAAUGCGUCAUAAUAAAAGAAACCAAAAAAAAAAUAAUAAUAAAAAUAAUAAUAAUAAUAAAAAUAAUAAUAAUAAUAAUAAUAAUAAUAAAAUAAAUAAAUAAAUAAAUAAAUAAAUCAUACGAUACCUUAUUAAACUUAGUUCUAAAGACGGUUGUUGAAAUAUGUACUUAUUAAAUAGUAUGUAUACUUGUAGGAAACAUUUUUGGGAUUACGGACAUUGAUUCCGUAACCGUCCACAACACUGCCCUAUCUAAAAAAAAAGAAAAAAAAAAAACAGAAAGAAAAGAAAAAGAAGAUAAAAGAGAGAAACGAGAAAAGAACGAAGCAAGAGAGAUAGAUAGAGAUACUUACGUUUCACGACGUUCGUCGAGGAAUAAAGUGGAAAAAGAAGAAAGAAAAAAAAAAUGAUGGAAAAAAUACUUUCGUUCCUGAUCAAUCGAGGAACGUGUUCUAGUUUAUUAAGAAAAGAAAAGAAGAACGAUCGAGUGAAGAGAGGUACAUCGAUGCAUCUCGAUUUAUCUUUUAUCGUUCGUAUCGGGGAUAAUUUUGGAUUCCAGUUACACCAAAGGAUCGCUUUGGUUUUCCCUCUGGUCGCCAGAGCGCUAGAGGAUCUCUGAAAAAAAUACGAAAGUCGAGUCGUAAUAGAGCCGUUAUUAGGGUGUGUUUGGUUCCACAUUUUAGUGGGUAGGAAGGUGAAUUCGAGAUGAAAAAUUUUGUUCCUUGUCAGUCUGUAAGAAACGAAUUAAAUCAACUGCCCGACUCUCGCUAUACGUAUAUAAAAACGAAACACGAUACCUACUACACACAUACACCUACAUACAUACACCUCCAGACACGCGCGCGUGCGCGCGCGCACACACACACGUACACGUUGUUCAACACGUGACACACAGGUACACUCGUAUAGACACAGAGAGGUAAAGAGUAAAUGGGUAGAGGACGAAGAGAAGAAGGGAAGAGGAGGAAAAUAGAUGCACGAGAUAAGAGAGAAUAUGGAGGACCUCGUUCAGGAUUCAUCGUUAGCGGUCGUUUUGCGCUAUCGAUAUAAGUGAUACCGAUACAUAAGAGUAUUAAUCGCGCCGAUAUAUAUAUGUAUACAGGAUAUCCGGCGUGCUCCGUGAAAACUUUGCAAUUUUAAUAUAUUUCUAUUGUAAGUAUAUUUGACACUGCGAACGGAGAGACACGACGAAAAUUUAUUCGAUAAAAAAAAAAAAGGAAAAAAAAAAACGUAUUGUAGCGAUAUUACGUCAUUGCAAGAAAAAAAUCACACUUUAUACAUAACGUAUAUAUACACUAUAUAUAUAUAUAUAUAUACAUAUGAAUAUAUACAUAAAUAAUUGCUCCGUAAAAAAAGAGGACUUGGUGCUCGAGAGAUAAGAACCAACUGGGUAAAACGGCGCGUAUAGUGCGUAUAAAUAAGAAGAGAAACGGUUCAGUUUGUUUGAUUUCCAGGGAGUGUAUGUGAUCUCGCCUCGUUUUGUCCUAGAUUUUCUCGUAUGUUUCGUUUCUCUUCUAUGGGAGGGACUGAUUCGAUACGGGGAGGAAUUCGAUGAACGAGGAAGACGAAAAAAAAAAUGCGAUGAGAAUGAAUGCGAAAGAGAAACAGGGGAGAGUGAACGAGCGUGUGAUUACAUUUGAAAGUAAAAAUUUGCAAGAGUUAUUUUUCAUGGAUAGACGCUGCAUGAAAAAAGUGAAAAUUACCUGUAACCUUCACUUUUAACGCAAUGUCCAUUGUUAAAAAAUAAUUCUUGAAAACGUCUAAUUUUUAGGACGUGAACACUUUUUUUUUUAGGAGGUAAAAUUCUGGAGAGUUACUCAUUUUGGGAGAAGAGAACACUGCGAUGAAAGCGAUUAUCCGACAGUGACUUUCAUUCUCGAGUAGUGGUAGUGUCCACUGGUAACUUUCGAGAGCAACUCUCGAGAGUUUUAAAUUCAAAUGCAUUUGCACACGGAGAGAAAUUGAGAGAGUGUCUGUAUGCAUGUGAGAACCAUACGAAUGAGUGAGUGAACGAGUGAGAUGAGAGAAAGAGAGAGAGAAAGAAAGGAUGAAAGAAAGAGAAAAAGGGGAAAGAUGAAGAGGAGAUGAGGUAAAACGGAGCGUGUCUUUUGUUGCGCGAAAUGUCACUUCUCUUCUCGUGCCGACGAAUGUUCUUUUUUUUUUUUUUUUCUUUUUUUCGGACCGAUUUAAUGGAACAGAGGGUGUUACACGUGCUUUUACGAAUUUAAUAACGCUAGGCGACUUCCGUAUCUUCCGAGGGAUGUUUUCUAUUCGAUGUUGAGAACCUUGUUUUCAGGUUUUUUCGUUAUGCCACUUUAAAUAUUGAAAUUAAAAUAAAUUGUUGAAAAAGAUUAACAAACAAAGGGAAAGAACAAACGAACGAAAAAAAAAAAGAAAUAAAAAAGGAGAGCGAGAAGAAAUAACGAAUAAUAAAUAACAAAUGACAAAAAAAAGGAGGGAAUAAAAAAGAGAAAUAAAAAGAGGGUCGUUAUAAGUUGUUUUUGGUACACGCAGGCACUAUAUACAUAAAACGAAGAAAAAAAGAUGAUACGGUCUCGAGCUAUUCUUAUUUACAAUAUUACUUAUAGCCUCCUCCCUUAGAUUCUUUUUUUGCGCGCUAUAUGCGAGGCGUAUACUUUUUCGUCGAAUCGAACGCGUGGCAAAGCGCGAAACGCUUUGCAAAGCAUUCCUCCUGCGCGAGAGACCGAUUCCUCGAAGCGACUUUUUCCUCCCCCUCUCCUUCCUUUUUCUCCUCUCUCUUUUAUUCGACGCAUUUCGCUUCGAAAGAGAAUCGAUCGAAAAAACGAGCAAUGUAAAGAAGAUACGUGUGUUAUCGAAGAUUGUAUGUGUGAGAGAGAAAGCAUCGACACAUAGUUGAAUAUAAGUCACCUCGCAUUACGAUUACCUCUGUAUAAUUGCAAAGCCGCAUUACGGAGAAAACUACGAAAAAAAAACUAGCGAGAAGAGAGAAAAGCGAGAGUGCGUAUGUGUGUACGUAUGUGAGUACGCGAGAGAAAACUAACGAUUCGACGAUUAGCUCUAUACCUUCGUCACUUGUCUCUUGCCGCGAGUAGCGUGUUUAGAAUCUUAUCGAUUAUUAUUAUUAUUAUACAUCGAUCGAUCGAGGUAAGAUUUGCACGAGGCAGAGGAGCGGAGAAGAGAAAGAAAGAAAGAAAGAAAGAAAAAAAAAGAAAAAAAACGAAAAGAAAAUAUAAAAAAAGAUGAAAAAAAAUAUGUCGAGAACGAGUCUUCCCUCGCGCGAGACAAAUCGCCGAGUGUGCGUGCAUUCGCGCGAGCGAGUUAGCGAAUUUUCAUUGACGCGCAUCGACGCGCGCACAAUUACACGCGAGAUGUGUGAAGAGGAGGAGAAUAUAAAUCACAGAUAUUUGCAAUCCUACUAUGCACUGUCAAAAUGAAACAUAAAUUAAAUGUAGAAGCGAGUUAAGGUUUUUUAAGCAUUAUAAACGAUGUACUGACUUUUUUAAUGACGUUUUAUCACGUUACGGAGUACUAUACAUAUAUAUAUGUAUAUAUAUACAUAUACAUACAUACAUACGGGGAAAAAAUAUAAACAAAUACAUAUAUAUAUAUAUGUACUUAUAUAUAUAUAUACGAAUAUAAAUAAAUGAAUAAAUAAAUAAAUAAAUAAAUAAAUGAAAUAAAUGAAUAUACACACAAAAAAAAAUACACACGUACACGUGCAUACAUAAUUAGCAUACAAAUGUCAGCGAGCGAGUGUCUGAUGAAUGCGUCAAUAAACAAGAAUGUAAAUAAUAAAGAACCAUAUAUAUACAAUA